GAAGGAAGGGGAGGCCCGUAGCUUCAGAAGGCCAGAACUGUUGCUGGAAGCCCAAGUUCUCAUCCUAAACAACUUGUUCCAGGCCCCACCCGCUUUCCUCCCUGACUGGCUGAAGUGAGCUCCGUCCUUGCAGCAGAAUGAGUGUGAGAGACUUCUAGACACACAUCUGUGGAUUGGUUGGAUCAGUGGAUGGGCCACACCAUGGUCAACCCCAGAGCUGGGAAGAAGCACUAAGAAAGCCGUGGGAAUAUAACCUUGUCAGAUUGGAGAUGCCUCGGCCUCGGGAAAGCCGCGUCUUCCAGUCAAGUGGGCCAGUGUGGCUCAUUCUGGUCAAUUGGGUACAAGAGCCAUAUUCACAACUGCCAGGCCGGGCUCCCAAAAUCUGCACGUGAGUCUCCAUUCUCCUCUCCCCCUCACCCUAUGGCCACCUGCAGAGUGGUGAUUUCACACCCACAAGGGACAAGCAGCUGAUCCCCCACUGGAUCCUGCCAUGCAAGAGACCCCCCCUGACCAGCACCAUCCACACAGGACUUGGUGUGAGUAAGAGGAACUACUGUUGUCCCUAAGUAUCCUGGGAAGUUGGUUCUGGGACCUCCUAUGGAUAUCCAGGCAGGCGGUGGAAAUUUCUACCUCGGAGAUGCGCGCGCGUUCACGGCUCCGCUAUUGCGCACUGAGUCGCUGGAGCUGAAUCCAUUCCGGACUUUGCCGCUCACCGUCCCUCCCUUGCCGGGCCACGAUCCGUUUCCGCGUUUUGCGCGGUGCUGCAGCGCCAGGACACGGAGGCGGUAGCGCGCACGCGCGCUGGGGCCCGGCCCGGGCGAGCGCGCGGCCCGACGACUGCGGGUGACUAGCAUGCAGAUACCCAUGCUCUGACUUGCUGCCCCUCUACUGACAUGGCCCACCGGGGUGGGGAGAGGGACUUCCAGACUUCAGCUCGUCGCAUGGGCACCUCACUGCUCUUCCAGCUUUCAGUGCACGAACGGGAACUGGACUUGGUUUUUCUGGACCAUAGCUAUGCCAAGCCAUGGAGUGCCCACCCAGAUGCCAGUAGUGCCCGCCCUACCCGCAUGCUCUUUGUUACUCCCCGGAGGCAGCACGAGAAUACCAUUGAAUCAGACGUCCCAAUAGAUGUGGAGACAGUCACAUCGACUCCCAUGCCACUCUAUGACAACCAGAAGGCGCGCAGCGUGAUGAAUGAAUGCGAAAGGCAUGUCAUCUUUGCCAGGACUGAUGCAGAUGCCCCUCCUCCACCAGAGGACUGGGAGGAGCAUGUCAACAGGACUGGCUGGACAAUGGCCCAGAACAAGCUAUUCAACAAGAUCCUCAAAGCCCUGCAGUCUGACCGACUUGCCCGCUUGGCCAAUGAAGGGGCUUGUAAUGAGCCAGUGCUACGCCGUGUAGCCGUGGACAAGUGUGCAAGGCGCGUGCGGCAGGCCCUGGCCAGUGUGAGCUGGGACACCAAGCUGAUCCAGUGGCUGCACACGACCCUGGUGGAGACCUUGAGUCUGCCCAUGCUGGCCGCCUACCUGGAUGCUUUGCAGACACUGAAAGGGAAGAUCCCGACCUUGAUUGACCGCAUGCUUGUGUCGUCCAACACGAAGACUGGGGCCGCAGGAGCUGAGGCCUUGUCACUGCUGCUGAAGAGGCCCUGGGACCCUGCUGUGGGGGUGCUUUCUCAUAACAAGCCAAGCAAACUCCCUGGCUCUCCUCUGAUCCUCAUCGCCUCCUCGGGCCCCUCCAGCUCUGUGUUCCCCACCUCACGCCGCCACCGCUUCUGGCAGUCUCAGCUCUCCUGCUUAGGCAAGGUCAUUCCUGUCGCCACCCAUCUGCUGAACAACGGCAGUGGGGUGGGCCUUCUGCAGUGCCUUGAGCAUAUGAUCGGGGCGGUGAGAAGCAAAGUACUGGAGAUUCACAGCCAUUUCCCACACAAGCCCAUCAUCUUGAUCGGCUGGAACACAGGAGCUUUGGUGGCCUGUCAGGUGUCAGUCAUGGAGUAUGUCACUGCAGUUGUCUGCCUUGGGUUUCCUCUGCUCACCGUGGACGGCCCCCGAGGGGAUGUGGAUGAUCCCCUCUUGGAUAUGAAGACUCCAGUCCUCUUUGUCAUUGGUCAGAAUUCCCUACAGUGUCACCCUGAAGCCAUGGAGGACUUCCGGGAGAAGAUCCGUGCUGAAAACAGCUUGGUGGUGGUUGGGGGAGCUGAUGACAAUCUCAGAAUAAGCAAAGCAAAGAAGAAAUCAGAAGGGUUGACUCAAAGCAUGGUGGACAGAUGUAUUCAGGAUGAGAUUGUGGACUUCCUGACGGGAGUGCUCACUCGCUCUGAGGGCCAUGUGGGCUCGGAGCCUCGGGAUCAGGAUGCUGAGAAGAAGAAGAAGCCCCGUGAUGUGGCCCGAAGAGACCUGGCCUUUGAAGUCCCUGAGCGGGGCAGUCGACCUGCUUCCCCGGCCGCCAAGCUGCCCGCCUCACCCUCAGGCUCAGAGGAUCUCUCCAGUGUGUCCAGCAGCCCCACCUCCAGUCCCAAGACCAAAGUGACCACAGUGACCUCUGCUCAGAAGUCCAGCCAGAUCGGGAGCUCCCAGCUGCUGAAGAGACACGUGCAGCGGGCAGAAGCCAUGCUGACCCACAAACAAGCCCAGGCACAGUUUGCUGCUUUUCUGAAACAAAACAUGCUGGUGAGGAAAGCUCUUCCUCCUGGCGCCUCCUCCUGUCUCUUUGUUCCCAUCUCAUCAGAACCAGCAGAAGAGGCAGAGAAGGAGGAGCUCAGGGUUCAGCUGAAGCGGCACCACCCCUCCAGCCCCCUUCCCGGCAGUAAGACCUCCAAGCGACCCAAGAUCAAGGUGUCCCUUAUUUCUCAGGGGGACACGGCUGGAGGGCCUUGUGUUGCUUCCCAAGGAGGAGCUCCAGAUGCGGCGGGCGGGAAGGCCAUCGCUGUGACGCUGGGGCAGGCGUCAGCAGGUGGACUGCUCCCCACAGCCAGGUCAAGUGCUUCUGAAGGUGUCGCGGCCAGCCCAGCCCCCUCAGUGGUCUCUGGAAGCACCACACCCAGCACCCUGCACACACUCCAGAGCCGCUUGGUGGCCACCUCUCCUGGCGGCUCCCUCCCAGGCGCCACAUCAGCCAGCAGCCUCCUGCAGGGCCUCAGCUUCAGCUUGCAGGACAUCAGCAGCAAGAGCUCUGGCCCCUCCGCAAACCCUGGCCUCCCUGGCCCUGGGCCAGCCCCGCAGGCCGCCAGUGUGAAGUUGCCCACCCCCAUGCAGAGUCUGGGUGCCAUCACCACGGGCACCAGCACCAUUGUCCGUACCAUCCCUGUGGCCACCACCCUCUCCUCCUUGGGUACCACUCCUGGUGGGAAGCCCACAGCCAUCCACCAGCUGCUGACCAAUGGGGGCCUUGCUAAGUUAGCAAGUAGCCUUCCUGGCCUGGCUCAGAUCUCUAACCAGGCAUCAGGCCUGAAGGUCCCCACCACCAUCACUCUGACUCUCCGUGGCCAGCCUAGCAGGAUCACCACGCUGAGUCCCAUGGGCUCAGGAGCAGCUUCGUCUGAGGAGGCCACCUCCCAGGUGCUGCCCUCUAGCUCCCAGUUGCAGAGACCUGUCCGUCUCUUCAGAGGUUGGCAAGUUCUUACUGCGUGGAUGUUGACAGCACAUCUCACCACCUCCAAGGGCAGGGUUGGGUUUCAUUUUGUCACAUGCGCCUGCCUCCAGCCCCCUGAAGACGCCAAGCCACGCGUCCUCCUUACUAGGCUGGUGAUGGCUGCCCGCGGUGGGCCUGGGCUGGUGCACGGUCCCACUGAGCUGAGUGUCUGAAGACCCCUUGAAGAUGGUCAUUCUGUCGCUCCGCCAACUGUCAUCAGGGUUGGGCCUCUGAAUGUCGAGAAACCCUUAGGCCAGGUGACAAGGUGCCAUCCAGGGGAGCAGCAUCUUCUGGGACCUGCGAGCCUGGUUCCUGGGAUGCCCCCUUCUCAGCAGAUCUGGUCGGGUCUGGUCCAGGGCACUUCCUCCCCAGCUCAGCACAGCUGGACCUGGGUUCAUGUUCACCACUCACUGCACGUCACAGAGGAGGACAUGGGAACCAUUCUGGGCUGUGGGGUUAAGAGCAGGAGCCCGCAGCCCGUUCAGGACCAGCGGGGCUUGUCUUGGAUAUCACCUGCUUUGCUGAGCAGCCCUUGGAAUUGAGAAACCACCUCAGGGACCGAGCAGCCUGCCAAAGCCCCCGGCUUUCAGCGGUUUCAUGAUGAAGGCAAAGAGAGCUGGGCCGUGUUGUCUUCCAGCCCCUUUGGCCACUGUGGGAGCAGAAGUUGCCAAGGGGUGACAGCUGGCCCUUUGUCCUUUUCCCCAUGUGCUGGGCAGUUUCUGCUUCCAGAGAGCCUGCAGGUCCAGGAAGCAGCUGGCGGGGGCGCCAGAGAGCCCUGAAUGCAGACGGUGUGGGCCUGGGCUCGGCAUCUGGCCAGAGUUGAGAAGCAGCAGCCCCAGGUCAGGGGGACCCUGAGGCCUGUCUGCAGCGCCUGGAGGUGAGGCAGGGACCACCAGCCACAGUAGCCAUGAUCGUGCCACUGCCCUGGAGGAUGCUUGGGCAGCAGGGUGGCAAAGGCUGUGCUCCAGGAUUUCUGUUUCUGAUUCACACGAUGUUUUGUCUCCUGCUUUGUAAGUGGAACGAUGAGUGGCAGUGACUCUACCAGGCAGGGUUUCGAAUGCCAGCACCCAGCCUGAGCUCUGCUGAUCGUGCUCCCUGGGGGACUGGUGGCUGAAGAUGGAGCCCCGAGCCCCACCCUGCCUCUUCACGACACGGAGCAAAGGUAGUUUAUUAGUGUUUGACUUUGAGCCUGGGCUCCAGAGCUGACUCCCUUCCCUUCCACACAUGCAAGGUUGCCAGCCAGGGAGACAAGUAGCCAACCCAGGGUGACUGUGAUUAGCCCUGGGCCCCGACCCCCGCCAGACCACCUAUGUUCAGUCCCAGGGCCUCAGAGCAGCCUGAGCAGCCGCCUUGAGGGAGAGCACGGUGUUCCUGCAGCCCACACCCUCCCUCCCUGUCUCAGCGGGGCAUUAAGGGGCGGGUGGCAUUUUGUCAUUAGCUGUAGGCAGCUGCUUUCUGGAGUACAGCAGACGAUCUAGUAAAUUAAGAAAGGUGUGAGACCUGAGAGAGGCACCAAGGCUCAGGGUCUUGGUGGCUGUGUGGUGGGUCACAGCAUGCCAGAAGAGCAGAGCGUUAACACUGAGAGCCUCCGCAACUCUUUGGGGACUCAUUUAGGACAUGCAGAAGGCUGUGGAUUACCCUUGUGACAGGUGAGCAGCCUGGACAAUGCUGGAGGGGCUGCUUCUGACAGAUGCUGGGCCCAAAGACAAACUCAUAUGUUGUCCUACUUAUCUGGGGGCAGCCCCGGGGCCACGAGCUCAGAGGCAAUACUCUUGGUGGAAAACAUGGAAGGAUCAAGAAGCCUUUACGUUCUUGGGUGAUGGGUGUUUGUGGAUGUCCUGUGGAAGAUGUCCUUGGACUUUCAGGAGAGGUCACUGAGGGGCGAAGACCCUGUGUCACCCUUGGUCCCACUGCAGAACAGCCUUGGGCUGGGUGAGUUAGAGCCGAGCACUGGCAGAAACAAUUAAAAAUCCCAAACCACCGUG